CUGCCCUGGCUGCUGCUCUAGUUCUGACUCUUGCCCUCUGCUUCCCGGCUCUGGCUUGUUCCCUGGACUUGGUAACUUGGCUCCUCAUUUGGGUUCUGGUCACUAGGCCUGAUCACCCCAGUCCUGGUCAUUAGUCUGCAUCCAGCCUUCCUGGACCUACAGAAAGUGAUGCACGACAUCUGGAGCAAAGGAUGAUGGUGUCAUGAAAGUGGCUUCCUACCACACCAUGGGCAAUCAAAGGUGUACAAUUCCUCACCUCAGGAACACUCAUGCAAGGUCAGUCAGGGACACAACGGAGAAAAUUCUAACAGCUGGGAAUGUUUCUGCAGUUGAAAACAGCAACAUCACCCUGUGGUGUUCUCUCUCUUUGACCAAUGCCAUUGUGUCGCAGGUGAACUGGAACAGGUGUAACAAGGUCAUGCUUGCAGUUUACCUAAGCAAAGAUAAAGCCAUAGUCCAGCCGGCAUUCACUGAGAAGGUAUCGCUGGCAGCAGAAUAUGGGAUAACAAUCCACUUAUUAGGAGUCAAUGACACUGGGGAUUACUGCUGUGAAUUUCACACCUUCCCUUAUGGGAUAUUUGAAGGGAGAAUGUUCCUGGAACUGACAGGAACAUCAGAGGAGACGACCCUUUGGAAGAACCUUCCAUACAUAAUCAUCAGCCUGAUAUUGGGAGUUCUGCUCCUAGUGUGUUUCGUACUCUGGAUCCUCAGGAGAAAGAAACAAACUCAGAAGAUCCAUGUGCCGCCCCAUGUCCUGCAGAAGGCACCUUCCAGCAGCAGUGGGGAGGACUGCAGCUCACAAAACCCCACCACAGGCAGCUCAGCAGAGGCCAGCGUGGCAUCUGCCAGCAGCGUGGGAGCUCAGGAGGAGUCCGAUGAUGGUCAUGACUAUUUCAACGUCUUGCGAUACAAAAGCCACAGCAGCAGGAGCACUGUGGUACAAAUGGGGUAGCUGGGUGGGGAGGAGGGAGUUUUGGCUGUGGGGAAGCAUAAUGAUCCUGCAUCAGAUCUUUUGUUGAAACCUUUCUGCUUCCUCCAGCAAGUCUCGUAAAACAGUCUGGAGGUUGACUGGUCAAGAGAAAGGAUAUGUGUGGUGGUGAUGGGAGGGAGAAGUACACAGCAUUGUUGUAGACAGGCUCAGGGUGUUUGCACUGGAUGAAUCAAGAGAUUGGAAAGGGCCUUUACCUUCUGGGUUUUGUUCAAAAUCCCAUCCAGGCUGGUAGCGACAAGACGUUGUUACUAACUGAAGGGCUGCGUGGAGGUCACAGGCCAGUUUCCUAGGGCUACCAGUGACCACAUCACAACUUGGGGAAGAAAACUGGUUCAGGAGAGAAGCAAGGUAAUGACUGAGCCAUGGACAUUGCCUUCUCCUCUCAUCUCUGGGGAUGGUCUCUCAAGAGCAGGGCUGAGGAACACUAACUGGGGGGCUAUGUGUGGGAAUGGUGCCAACCCAUCUGCUGCUGCCUGGACUGUACCUGAUCUGAUGGACGGUGUCAUAAACAGAUAGUUAAGGGUUAAUGCCUCUUUUAC